AUGGGCAGGCAGAAAGCCACGACGGACGAGCUGUGGGCUCGUGCUGAAGCCAACGGCUACAAGAGAGGAGCACACGACGAGACAGACAAGGUCCGUGAUGCAGAGAAAUACGUUUCUAAGACGGAGAAGGACCAGGACCGAACAUUACAUCGGUGGUGUCACAAAAUCCUGCGAGAAGAUUAUGACCGACAAGGGCUGGCUCCUCCGGACGAAGCCACAGUCCGCGCGUGUUGUCUGGCCGAGGGAGUCCCUGCACCCGACUUGGUCACUGUGAAAGACUUUCUCCGGUUUUACAUUGCCACAAGCCAUCCGCAGCUGGAGAGAAGCGCGGCAAAGCCGAGACCGACCGCCGACGUCAUAUGUACCGUCGCCGAGUGGUUCUUCGCAGGCUUCGCUCGUACUGCCGGGUCCGACACCAAGGCAGAGGAUAGGAGUGAGGUCUACUACUGGAUUCGGCGGUCCCUGGUACUGGAAGGCAUUGUCGUCAAUAAGCACCGACCGAAACAUAACUUUACGGUCCGCGACCUCACUCGUGUCUUCGUCGCGCUGUGGACCUACGACGACCUCAUCUUCAUCCAUGAACGGUACCGAGUUCAGACCACCUUCCUGAUACAUUUAUACUGUUGGACGGGGGCCCGAAUCGACGCUUUCUUCAAGGGAGGCCUGCGGUACAAGGAUGUCGACCUGAUUCUGCAACGUGUCGAUGGCACAGAAGACGGUCGGGACUGGAGACUAGUAUACAAGGUCGAUCAGCGCUACGUGAAAAACAACCGCGAUCCUGAAAACGUGACCUUCGGAGCGGCGGCCAAGGACCACAGAAGGCUAUUCUACAACGACGCAGGUCUCCUACUCCAAUUGGCAAUCGCCGAUGGUGCCCUAUUUGGGUACGACACUCUCGCCGACGUACGUCAGCAGGUCAUUCCGGCCGGCAAGGAUGAAGUGAUUCUCCGAUUCAAGGAUGAAGCGUUGGACCAGCCAAUCUUGCGCAAAUGCACGAGGACUGGCGGUGUGACCACCGAGCCGAUGCCGAAAACCGCAUUUCUCGCGAUUUUCAAGAGUACACUGGUCAACGCCGGCUACUUCUGGAGCUUGUCCAUCCACGCCAUUAGGCGGAUGUUGGGAAAAGGUGCUGACCGGCGAAAUACCGCCGUCGAACGCUCACAGCACUUGACGCAAGCCGACCUUCGUGUUUUUGGCCAAAGCUAUUUGGCCAACUGCUCCUCGGUCGACGGCCAAGCGGCUUUCCGAAACGAAGAGUCUGACGAGCGCCAUAUCGAAUAUUUUCAGAGCAUCGAAAAGUUCCACGAGGACGGUUUACCCACUGAGCUCCCUGCACAUCUCGAGGAAGAAUUGAAACACGAUGGACAUCUCUGCAGCCUAGAAGCCGAGGUACAGAGGCUCAGAGGAUCGGACGGCGACAACCAGGCCUUUAGUACCGCCCAACGCCAACUCACCGCCUACUCGAGGAAGUUGAAGCGAGAUGCACUGCGCCUGUAUCAAGAGACCUGGGUCCAGCAGCGCCGAGAUUGGAAGAUCUUGACACGAGGGAAAGAGACGGCUCAAGACAAUUCCAAGACGGAGCUCGCGCAAAGUAUCUACAAAUUAUUCCCCGAACGGGGCCGACUUGCUGACAAAAUGACAACGACUCGCCUCUUGACGUCAGACGAGAUGUGGGCUGCCCUGGACGAUCUCCAUACACUCUGCCUCCGGAGUUCAGAUGUCUUCUAUCUUCCGGGGUCGCGUCCUAGUAACGAUGCCUGUCCCGUCGAAAAUUGCCAAUGUCGCAUGCAUGGUCUGCCGAAGUCUCAACGCAAUCAGCACAUUCAAAACUGUGUCCGUCGGGAGAUGGCAAGCAGUCUGGGGCGACUCACAAAAGACAUCCAUUAUUGUUAUUGGUGUUUCGAUUGGGUCGUCGGAGGGAAAUGGGAGCCGCACUGCCGAGCACAUCUGGACGCCUUGACCACUAAGCGUUGUGGCUCCGUCAUCCACUAUCAUACAAUGGUCUUCGCGGGCUACUGUCCUUUCUGUAUCGGAGAUGCAUCGUUGCCUCCUCACGAACGACUCAAACCAUGGUCGCGAGACCACAAGUUGUGGAUUCACGUCCAGGUCGAGCACCUUGACGGCUCUCAGUGGCCGCUCAAGUGUCUCCAUCCACUAUGCGACAAUACCCUCCACAAAGACCCCGGCACGUUCCAAUUCCAUCUUAUGGAUGUACACAACUUCAGCCGGUCGCGCCCUGCCGCAUUGACAAAGUCCAGGCCUCAAUCCACCCCCGCCGACGAGGCAGGGUUCAAUAACAAUGAACAGAAUCUAGGACCAGUUUGUCGGAAGCGAUCGUCGAAGGAUGACUAUGGAGGCCUGGCUUGGCAACCACCAGCGUCAGCUGAGUCUAUGAACGAGGCUCUACAGAAUCAUCUUCGCCGCCUCCCAAAACGGAGGCGGCACAGUUCUUCGACUACGACCGUAUGCCCUCAGGUCGUCAUGCUCGACGAUGAUUCGUCUUGCUCAUCCAACAGUGAUUCUGAGACAACCUCGGAUCAGUCGGAUAGUUCUGCACUCGCCCUCCUCGAAGCUGGAGACUUCUACACGGAUCUUGGCCGUGGUCCGUCUCCAUAUCACUAUCCUUCUAAGUGCGAGCAGAACCACUCGUCUGAGGCAGAGAAAGUCGACGAUGACUAUAUUGAGGAUACUCUAUUCGACCAAUACCUUCGCUCUCCUUCACCUUCACCGACCCUGCCAUCAGGCGAUAGCGUCAGCGAGUGGAGUGGAGCGACCCUUACCGGAAAUGCGCGUGAUUCGUCUUGUGAGUCGAUCCCACCCGCAGGCUUAGAGAGACUGUCCGCUGUUUCAGCUACGUCUCUCGACACGGCCCCUUGCGCCACAGAGGUUGGUCUUCCUGCCGGCAGGACCACUCGGAUACGACUGCGAGUGGGUCCGCCCAAGAUUACGCUUCGCGUCAAAAUUCCAGAAGACCAUCGCAGAACCAAAGUUGCCGAAAGGAAACGCAAGCGUCGCGAGGGAAAGAAAGUAGUAUCAAACCCGAAGCAACAGAAUGGAAGAGGCCGAAAGAAGUCACUUCGCUGA